AUGGCUGCGCAAGUGCGGCUGCCGCUUGAUCCCGAGGAUGUGGACGAAGCCCAGACGGAUGGUUCUCGUUCUCGAUCCCUCUCCCGCUCGCAAUCUCUGUCCAUGUCCCGCUCCCCCUCGCCCGCUGCUCGGGAUUCUGCCUCCGAGUCGGGCUCCGAAUCAGGCUCCGAAUCGGAAUCAGAAGGCACCACUGACAUGGACAGUCAAGAAGAGGAUGUCCGACCCCCCCAAUUCGCCACCCGCAACGCCCGUCGGCAUAGCAGUCGCAGCCGCAGCCGCAGCCGCCCUGGCCCUGAGCUGCACCAUGCUGCUCAAGCCACCGCAAGCUCAGGCCCCGCCCCAACUGCUGUUCCAUUGACUGACAUCCCAUCAGGCACCUAUCUCAUCAAUAUCCAGUUUGAAGGCAAGCCGCUCCGUAUGCGCCUACAACUUGCCGCAGUCAACAAGCCCCAUCAAUACAUUGGCUAUGCUUGCGAUGAUUGGCUGCGUAGCUAUACCGUGACUGCCCAUCCACGCUUAGAUAAACUCAACAUUAUGCUGCAGGAUUCCGCUUCCAAAUUUUCCGCCUCCCUUUCUCUACAACCCGUGAGCAUCGGCCGCAACACGGCUGCUGGCAAUCUGACUCUCAAGGGCCAAGCCUACUGGCCUGCUGCCGCCCCAGGCCGUGCCGUCAUGUGCUUUGAAGCUGCGGAACAACCCCUCGGUCUCUCCCCACUUGCCCCACCGCACGUCAACCGGGAGGUUGCCAACGUCCUCCUAGGGCCCUCAGAGUUUGCCAUUCUCCUCAAACACCAUGGAUUUGAUAGCGCCGCGGAUGGCGUCGUUCGUGCUAACAUGACCUUGCAGCAAUUUCUCUGCUUACCCCUGGAAGGAGUCCAAUCCAAACUGGAUCUCCUCUCCACGCGUGCCCUGGACUGCAUGACGUUUGUGACUUGCUUUCUUUUCGGCCAUGCCCGCCUUGCCGCGGCCCGAGACGUUUUGCAAACACACGAAACUCCUAGCCGGUUGCCUCCUCUACGCGCCGCUGCACCAGCCCCUGGCUCGUCCUCCCACGCGCGCUCUAGCCGCAGCGCCCGCCUGGUCAUGACCCUGCGACGCUACCACGUUCCCCACUGGGAUGCGCUUUUCAGUGCCGCUUGCGGGCUCCAAGGUUUCCUGAGCAUGCCAUUAGAAGACUUUCACCGCUAUCUUGAUGUGGCUGGCACUGCUCAAGAAACCGAGCUGACCGGAGCAGUCUCGUUGCGCCGCUUCAACACGCGCUCUAGGGCGGCGGCUGAUGGGCUGGAUCGUAUGGCCCGAGCCCCAUGGAAAUCGUUUGCGACCAGCGAACAUCGCCUCAUCGUCACGCUACGUGAGCGACAGGAACGACAAUGGCAGCAACAGCAAGUUGCCCGUCGCCAUCGCAGCGCGCGCAACAGCGCCGGUGGACACAGCGCCGGGAGCGGAACCCGGAGCAGCAUGUCCAGCAGCGGCCAGUCAUCAGACGCCGGCUCAGACGAGGAUGCUACGCGUGUCGAGCCCUCAGCGACUACCACCCCUGUGGCAGACGCCACCGCUCAACCCCCAGCCAUUCGUUAUCGCAAACCCACACUCUGGGACCUGUUGCAGCUCCCUGUGGAUGUCUUGGAUGCCCUUCGUGUAGCUUCGGCCCUGGACCAUCUCUUUGACUUUCGCCUGCAGUAUCAUGAGUUUCUCAAUAGCGCGCGAAGUUGCCUGAUCAAUGCAGACACCAGUCGCCUUCUGACGCGCGUGUGCGAAAGUCAGCGCUUAGCCGAUGCUUACUUUUUGCUAGUGGCUUGCCGGCCGCGUCUCAAUGGAGAACAGCUUGCACAAAUUUUUGGCUCUCUUGCAACGACCGGCUCACGGCGAGCGCCCAGUCCAUUGGCUGGUCUCUUUCGCCGCAUGCUCACCACUCACUUUGACACGGACAAGCUUCUCGGACGCAGUGGCACUUUGGGCAUUAUUCCGCAUGGCGAGAAGAACCCCGUGCAAGGACUGCAGGCGCCGCCUGUCCAGGAGUUGUUGGCUGCCGAUCACGGUCGUAUGCGAGCCAACUCUUCGGCACUUGAUCGCAUCAGCAGACUCCACCCGCGUGGUAGCGUGGAUGGUGGUGGCUCUAGUACCAACCUCGCGGGUAUGGACGUGGAAACUCUGGGUGCAGCGCCACCCUCGGCCCCGAGCACGUUGCUCGUUGCCUCCAAUGGAACGAUCGGAUCAGCCUCUCGCCCUGCCAUGACGCCACCCACUCGUCGCGCCAAUUUAAUGAGCGAGACUGACCCUCUGCUUGUGCCGCCUGGCUCCAAUGCCUCUGGGACAUCGCCGCCUGGCCCUCGCUCGCGCUUUCCCAAUGGACCGGCUCCUCCGAAAACCUCCGAGAGCAAGCCCUUUGCCAAGGGCGUCAAGCGGUUGAGCAUGUUGCUUGCCUUUACCACGGCCGUCAUCUGGGCAUUGGCAAUCGUAGCCAUUACCAAUGACCAGACCGAGUCGUCCUUCUUGGCUGCCCAACGCUCUUCUGUAUUUUCCUUUGUGCCGUACGGCUUUGCCCUCAUCAUCUUGGUUGCCUUUUUGGUGCUAGCCAUGCUCAACUGGCAACCACAGCCCCGCCAACCCAAUAUUUUCAACGUGCUCGGCGACUGUUUAUUGCUUGUGCUGCUUGUUGGUGGUGUGGUCGUUGGCACCUACACCGCUCGCGUGAUUGCUAUGAAUCUGUACCAAGAUGGCCUUGAAAUGGACCUGGUCCACGUCAUUCUCUUUGCAGCCCGCACUCUUCUUCUUUUGGUCCUGGGCAUCAUCCAUCACUGGAGCAUUCGGACUUACAAUCGCCAGCUUGAUGAUGAGAUGGCUCGACUGCCAAGUGUUGUCAGCGAUGGCAUGCCCUUGCCACGUGGCGCCCUGGCCGAAUCGCGGCGCCCACCCAUGCCGCGCUGGAUGGAGUUUAGUUAUUUUAUCAUCAUGAUGGUGCAGCCGGCUCACUUUUGGACCUUCCUGGGCUCCUCCUACGUGCUGGACACCUUUAUGCUCUUCGCUUUCGGGCGGGGUGUGUUGUUGUGGGACGAUUGGGCCUGCGUGCAUCCCGUGGAUGAGCGCGCCCAGGCUGACCUCCUUCACGUCACACCCACCUACGGGCAGCCACGCACCAUAUGA